AGAUCUGCCGCUCAUGGAGGAAGUGCUGCCGUUACCGUUCAGCUGUCUGUCCAUAGAUCUGCCGCUCAUGGAGGAAGUGCUGCCGUUACCGUUCAGCUGUCUGUCCAUGAAGAGCGACCUGUCCAAAGAUCUACCUGUAAACUUUGGAACUGAACCUGGACUUUUAAGCUCAAAAGAGAAGAGUGUUUUUGAGGAGGAGCAGCGCUCCUUCUGUGGUUUGUCUCAGGAUUCUGGACUCAGCUCCUGCCCACAGUCAGGAUCUGAUCCGAACAAAACAGAUGCUGGUUUGAACCUUUUUUAUGGACAUCAGAUCAGUCUGAAGAGGAGAUGCGAACACGUGAAUGAAGGAACAGAAGAAGCGGGAAGAGAAAAGCUUCUGAACAGGAUCUACACUGAGCUCUUCAUCACAGAGGGGCUGAGUGAAGAUGUGAACACCCAGCAUGAGGUCAGGCAGCUGGAGGCAGCUUCUAAGAUCAGCAGUCUCCACAACAUUCCUAUCAGGUGCAACGAGAUCUUCAAAGUCUUACCUGACCAACACGGAUCCGUCAGAGUGGUUCUGACGAGCGGCGUGGCAGGAGCUGGAAAAAGCUUCUUGGUGCAGAAGUUCACUCUGGACUGGGCCGAGGGUUUGGAGAACCAAGACAUCAGUGCUGUGGUUCCUCUUUCUUUCAGGGAGCUGAACCUGGUCAGAGAGGAGCAACAGAGUCUUCUCACUCUGAUCCAGACGUUCCAUCCAAGCUUCCAGAAGAUCCCAGCUGAGCAGCUGUAUGUCUGUAAACUUCUCUUCAUCUUUGAUGGUCUGGAUGAAAGCCGACUUUCUCUGGACUUCAAAAGUGGUCAGGUGGUGUCUGAUGUCACCCAGAAGUCCUCAGUCAACGUGCUGCUCACAAACCUCAUCCAGGGACAUCUGCUUCCCUCAGCUCUGGUCUGGAUCACCUCCAGACCAGCAGCAGCCAAUCAGAUCCCUCAUUCCUGUGUUUCCAGGGUAACAGAAGUACGAGGCUUUACUGACUCCCAGAAGGAGGAGUACUUCAAGAGGAGAUUCAAAGAUGAAGAUUUGUCCAGCAGAAUCAUCUCCCACAUCAAGGGCUCCAGGAGCCUCCAUGUCAUGUGUGGAGUUCCGAUCUUCUGCUGGAUCGCUGCUGUGGUCCUCGAGGACAUGUUGACCACAGAGCACAGAGGAGAGCUGCCAAAAACCCUGACGGACCUGUACUCACACUUACUGAUGGUCCAGACAAAGAGGAAGAAGAACAAGUACCAGCAGCAGCUUGACAGGAGUCCACAGGAGCUGACAGAAGCAAAUCGAGACGUUCUUCUGAAGCUGGGGAGGCUGGCAUUGGAACAUCUAGAGGACAGAAACCUCAUGUUCUAUGAGGAAGACCUGGAGCAGUGUGGUCUGGAUGUCACAGAGGUCUCUGUGUUCUCAGGAGUUUGUACUGAGAUCUUCAUACGGGAGUGUCUGAUCUUUCAAAAGCCGGUCUACUGCUUUGUUCAUCUGAGCGUCCAGGAGUUUCUGUCUGCGGUCUACAUGUUCCACUGUUACACCAACAGGAAGACUGAGGCGAUGGAGAACUUUCUGAAGGAUCUUGUGAACAUCUCAACCCUGGAUGAAUUUCUGGACAGAGUCAUGGAGAAAUCCUUGCAAAGUCAAACUGGACACCUGGACCUGUUUGUUCGCUUCCUUCAUGGCCUCUCUGUGGAGUCCAACCAGAGGCUUCUGGGAAGUCUGCUGGGUCAGACAGAGAACAGGCCAGAGACCAUCCAGGCAGUCAUCAACAAUCUGAUGAAGAUCAACUGCGGGGAAGAGGUUUUUGACAGCACUGUGGCAGGUCCCAGCCCACAGAAGAAACAGACCAGUGACACAGUGUCUCCUGACAGACGGAUCAACAUCUUUCACUGUCUGAUGGAGAUGAAGGACCUCUCGGUUCAUCAGGAGAUUCAAGAGUUUCUGAUGUCAGAGAACAAAUCAGCAAAGGAACUCUCAGAGACCCACUGCUCGGCUCUGGCUUACAUGCUGCAGAUGUCAGAAGAAGUUGUGGAUGAGCUGGACCUUCUCAACUACACAUCCACCACAGCUGAGGGUAGACGCAGACUAAUACCAGCUGUGAGGAACUGCAGAAAGUUCAAAGCGCUUUUCUGUGGACUCUCAGACACUGACUGUGAAGUUGUGGCCUCUGCUCUCAAGUCCAAACCAUCCCAUUUGACAGAACUGAACCUUGGCAGCAACGAGCUCCAGGACUCGGCAAUCAAGGUUCUGUGUGCUGGACUGGAAAGUCCAAACUGCAGACUGGAGGUUCUGAGGUUGAGUUGGUGCAGCUUGUCUGGGAUCAGCUGUGCUGCUCUAAGCUCAGCCCUCAAGUCUAACCCGUUCCAUCUGAGAGAACUGACCUUGAACUUCAACAGAGAUCUGCAAGACUCUGGAAUGAAGCAUCUGUGUUGUUUUCUUGAAAGUCCAAACACCAAACUAAUCAUACUCAGCUUGAUCAGCUGCGGCUUGUCGGAGAUCAGCUGUGCUGCUCUGGCCUCGGCUCUGAGAUCCAACCCGUCCCAUCUAAGAGAACUGGACCUGAGUAAGAAUGACCUGUUGGACUCAGGAGCUCAGUAUCUCUGUGGUUUUCUGGAGAGUCCUGACUGCAGACUGAACACCCUGAGGUUGGAGAGGUGUCGGCUGACAAAGAUCUGUUUUGAAGCUCUAGUCGCAGCUCUGAAGUCCAACCCGUCCCAUCUGACAGAACUGGACCUGAGGGCAGGCUCUAACACUCAGGACUCAGAUUUUCAUCAGCUCCAGGAUCUGGUGGAAAGUCCAGACUACAAACUGCAGACUGUGAGGUGGAGAUACUAGUGCAUGACUACAUUUCCCAUGAUGCAGCAGGGGAAGGAACUAUCUUGGUUCAGCACUGAAAUAUGUCCAUAAACAUCUGUCCAGGACGUCUCAUGUUCUCUGUGUAAAGAUAUCAGAAUUUUGAUCAAGUGAGAAUAGUUUUAAUGUUGGAACAGAAUUCUAAUAUUUACCGUAUUUAUUCAUUUUUGCCAGAGACCCGAAGCCCAUUAAUAGGCAAAUUCAUACACUGAAAUCUCAUCAUGUUUGUACAAGUAUAAUAACAUAGUAAAUAUAAUAAAAUAAAACAGUGAAAUUAUUAUUUUUUUAAUUUUCACAAGCCUUUGACUUUUGUCAAAAGGCAAUCAUUCUCAUAUUUUAUAAACAAACAUAUAUCCAGAAUUAACCAGCAUUCCUCCCUCUGUCACGUUUCAGUUAUAUCAUACUUUUUUUACAUUUUUAAUUUUCUUGAAAAAAUAAACACACUUUUGUCCGUCAAUGA